AUGUACUCUACCGUGCAGCCUGAAAACCACGUCAUCCAGCUGAAACUCACAAACGGGAUACCACCUUCAAAGCCAUCGUACGGGAUAGAUUCCCCAAUGGGCUUAUGCCUUUCUUCUAUCUUGGCACCGCUAUACCUCUAUGCUUCGCUCAAAGGAAAAUUUGAUGCAUGGGACAAACUUCUAGCCGAGUUACCGGCCGAUGUUUUCGAGUUACCCGCCCUUGACGUGGGCUGUGGUCGAGGUAUGGUUUUGCUAAAGAUUGCCAAAUACAAGGGUGAUGCUGUUUCCGCCGGCGCUGGCAAGACUAUUUACCCUGUUUAUGGCGUGGAUCUCUUUAUAAAAGCCGAUCAAAGUGGUAAUUCACCUAAGGCAACAUACAAUAACGCGGCGAGCCUCGGUCUGCUUGACCAAAUUGUCUUACACACAGCCGAUUUCACACAAUUACCUUUUGCGGACGACACAAUGGGACUGGUCACUGCAAGCUUAUCAAUUCACAACGUGGCUAAAGAGUCCCGCGAAAAGGCGAUCAUGGAAGCGGCGAGAGUUUUGCGACCGGGUGGGUUGUUGGUUGUCCUAGAGCUGAGUGGAUAUGCAAACCAAUACUGCCGUAUAUUGAAGUCUUUAGGAUGGGAGAAAGUAGGAUUUCAGCUUGCUGGACGGCAAGUCAUGUUCGGCGCGUGGCCAUGUCAAAUUUUGCGGGCGACAAAGCCGACAAGGACCAUGAAUUACUGUGAUAUGGCAACAUAA